UCUAUGACGAAUUUUUGGGUGCAGACUCAAUUCCACAAUUAUUUCAGCCACCUGCACCAUAUCUUGAAGAAUAUUUGAAUUCUUCUACCGAUCUUACGUCGCCGAUUACCAGAAAAAAGUUGGAUUUAUACUGUGAUUUCUGUGUUACACAUCGUCAGUACCUCAAAGCCGCUAAAGUCAAAGAAUAUAUAGCUAAAAACCCUGG